UCCUAUAUGUCUAUGUCAAACGCGUAAGGAUGUGCUGUGUUACCAUACAUAGCCUAAAGCGAUAAGGCAAGACAACACCCUAAAUUCACAGAACUGAUGCUCCAUCUCACUCCAUCAUUUUACUCAAUUAUCUCAUCAUAGCCAAUAGAAAACGAGUAGAGGUGUGGUUUCGUGACAUAUGUGUCUUGGGCCAUAAAAUAGGUGUCGGGAUCCGUCUAACUCCAGACCCUUCUAAAGCUUCAUUCAUCCUCUGAAUAUCUUGUGUGGUACAGCAGAACCUCUUGCCAAAAUGAGCCUGUCAGCGAAGGAAAAAGUAAUCGUCAAGGACUUCUUUGCGAAAGUCUCCAGCAGGUCGGACGAGAUCGGCGCCGAGGCUCUCGCCAGGUUGAUCGUGGUGUACCCCCAGACCAAGUCUUACUUCGCCCACUGGAAGGACCUGAGCCCCAACGGCGCUCCGGUUAGGAAGCACGGCAUCACGGUCAUGGGUGGCGUUUACGAGGCGGUGAGCAAGAUCGAUGACCUGGCCGGUGGUCUUCUGAACCUGAGCGAGCUGCACGCCUUCGUUCUUAGAGUUGACCCUGUCAACUUCAAGAUUCUGUCCCACUGCAUCAUGGUGGUCUUGUCCAUGCUGUUCGCGGAGGAAUUCACCCCUCAGAUCCAUGUUGCGGUGGACAAGUUCCUGGCGCUGGUGGCCCUGGCUCUGGCCGAGAAGUACCGCUAAAGGACCAAUCAGCACCAACACACACCAACACGCAGCACUCACAUCUGCUGUGGUCCUCAGUGUGGAAAUAAAAGGUCUUCUUUACUGAGAAAUAAAAAGUGCAAUCAAUGAAAUCGAAAGUUUCGAUGGCCUUUCUUUGUAC